CUUACUUGCAUAGGGUAAUCUAAUUCCCAAACGUCUCUCUUAGGGUUAGGGUUUGGUUUCAGUUUCUAAAAUGCUUCUCAAUUUUAGUUGCAUUCAUUGAAUUGCUCCAAUUGAAGGUGAUUUGGGAAUCCCAUAACAAUGGGAGUUCCGGCAUUUUACCGAUGGUUAGCUGAGAAGUAUCCGAUGGUUGUGGUGGAUGUUGUAGAAGAAGAGGCCGUUGUUAUCGAAGAUGUGAGAAUUCCGGUGGAUACGAGCAAACCUAAUCCCAACAACAUCGAGUAUGAUAAUUUGUAUCUGGAUAUGAAUGGUAUCAUUCAUCCAUGUUUUCACCCAGAAGAUAGACCCUCUCCUACGACAUUUGAGGAGGUCUUUGAGUGCAUGUUUGAUUACAUAGACAGGCUUUUCUCUAUGGUGCGUCCUCGAAAGCUGCUAUAUAUGGCUAUUGAUGGUGUUGCACCAAGGGCAAAAAUGAAUCAGCAGAGAUCUAGACGUUUUAGAUCAGCAAAAGAUGCAGCAGAUGCGGCAGCUGAGGAGGAAAAGCUGCGGGAGGAAUUCGAGAGAGAGGGCAGGAAACUCCCCCCAAAGCAAGAAUCACAAGUUUUUGAUUCAAAUGUCAUCACUCCCGGGACUCAGUUCAUGGCCACAUUGUCAAUCGCACUUCAGUACUAUAUUCAUCUUAGACUAAACCAUGAUUCAGGAUGGAAAAAUGUCAAGGUUAUACUUUCUGAUGCAAAUGUUCCUGGUGAAGGGGAGCAUAAAAUUAUGUCCUACCUUCGACUCCAAAGAAAUCUUCCUGGUUAUGACCCAAAUACACGUCAUUGUCUCUAUGGUUUGGACGCAGAUCUAAUCAUGUUGGCUUUGGCUACUCAUGAAGUUCACUUCUCUAUACUCAGAGAGGUUGUAUUUACGCCAGGUCAGCAGGAUAAGUGUUUCCUUUGUGGUCAAAUGGGUCACUUAGCUGCAGAUUGUGAAGGAAAGGCGAAACGAAAAGCAGGAGAAUUUGAUGAGAAAGGCAAUGCUGAGAUUGUGGCAAAAAAACCUUUUCAGUUCCUCAACAUAUGGACUCUGCGGGAGUAUUUAGAAUUUGAUAUGAGAAUCCCAAAUCCUCCUUUUGAGAUUGAUUUCGAGCGGAUCAUUGACGACUUCAUAUUUAUUUGUUUCUUUGUUGGAAAUGAUUUUCUCCCACAUAUGCCUACUCUUGAGAUCCGCGAGGGUGCAAUAAACUUGUUACUGGCUGUCUAUAAGAAGGAGUUUAGAUCCAUGGAAGGUUAUUUAACUGAUGGUAGCCAGCCAAAUCUUAGCAGGGUAGAACAUUUCAUUCAGGCCGUGGGAUCAUAUGAAGAUAAGAUAUUUCAGAAAAGAGCCCGCUUACAUCAGAGACAAUCUGAGAGAAUUAAGCGUGAAAAGGCCCAGUUAAAAAGAGGAGAUGACUCUGCUCCUCGAACUGAACCUGAAUCUUUGGUUCCAGUUGCUCGGUUCGGUGGUUCUCGGCUUGCUUCAGGUCCUUCGCCUUCUCCCUAUCAACAAGGGGGAACUGCAAGACGUGACCAACUUCAGCAUGGCACAUCAAGUCUUUCCGUCCUUGACAUUCCGAUCGAGCACUAUGGUACUGUUGAAGAUACAGGAUCUAUUUUUCGCAACAAAAAAGCUUCACGUUUGAGUUCUGGGGCCACAAUAGGAGCUGCAAUUGUUGAAGCUGAGAAUAGCCUUGACACUGAAGUAUUAGAAAACAAAGAAGAACUGAAAACAAAGCUAAACAAGUUAAUCCGUGAGAAGAAUGAUGUUUUUAAUUCAGAGAACCCUGAGGAAGACAAGAUCAAACUGGGAGUGCCAGGAUGGAAAGAAAGGUAUUAUGAGGAAAAAUUUUCUGCAAAGACACCUGAGGAGAUGGAAGAAGUACGAAAGGACAUUGUCUUGAAAUACACAGAAGGGUUGUGCUGGGUUAUGCACUAUUAUUAUGAAGGUGUUUGUUCCUGGCAGUGGUUUUAUCCAUAUCAUUAUGCCCCUUUUGCUUCAGACCUCAAGGAUCUUGGGGAGUUGAAUAUCACCUUUGAACUAGGUUCUCCAUUCAAACCAUUCAAUCAGCUCUUGGGAGUUUUUCCUGCUGCCAGUUCACAUGCUCUUCCUGAACAGUAUAGGCUAUUGAUGACAGACCCAAAGUCGCCCAUUGUCGACUUCUAUCCUUCUGAUUUUGAGGUGGACAUGAAUGGGAAGCGCUUUUCAUGGCAGGGCAUUGCCAAACUACCUUUCAUUGAUGAAGCCCGGCUCCUUGCAGAGGUUGCAAAAGUUGAACAUACCUUGACGGAGGAAGAAGCACGAAGAAAUAGUGUGAUGAAUGAUAUGCUUUUUGUGUCAUUAUCUCACCCUCUGUCUCCAUACAUUUUUUCUCUUGAUGAUCGUUGUAAGCAGCUUACAGAUAAUGAACGUGUUGAAGUGAAGGAACGCUUGGACCCAAAAGCAAGUGGUGGCAUGAGUGGAUACAUAUCCCUUUGCAUGGGAGAUCCUUGUCCUCCAAUUUUUAGAGCUCCUAUUGAUGGGUUGGAAGAUAUUAUGGACAAUCAAGUCAUAUGUGCAAUAUACAGACUCCCAGAUGCCCAUAAGCACAUCACACGACCACCUAAAGGGGUUAUUUUCCCGAAGAAGUUGGUCACAUUCGGUGAUAUAAAACCUGAUCCGGUGUUGUGGCAUGAGGAUUCUGGGAGGAAACCUUGGGAAAAUGGAAGGAACCACCACCCUGGCGGAAACUCUGGUCGUCACCUUGGAGAGGCAGCACACAGGCUGGUUUCUAAUAGUUUGCAGAUGAGGAGUGGUCAUGGUGAUGACACACAUGCUCAACCAGUACCAUAUCCUUAUGGUCCUUUUCCUUCCUCUCAAAGAUACAAUGGUCAGGGACAUGUUCGCCCUACUUUUGGCUAUUCUGCUCGAGAUGACACAGCUGCGCCGUAUCAGUAUGAUCAGAGUUACCACCAGGCUUAUAUCCCAGCUGCUGUUGAUCCUUAUAGUUGGCCUCCUCCUCUGUAUGAGAGGGGUAGCCAACCUGUCCCUCCUAGAAGUGAUUAUCAUAGACAUGGACAUCAUGCCGCUGUGACGCAGCAAAAUGUUGGAUAUAGUUAUCCUUCUCAUGCCUAUCAUCCGCAGCAUAUUAGUCAAUCACCAGUACCACCAAUUGAUCAUUUUCACCAGCAAAGUGGAUACAGUAGUUACCCCAGUUAUCAUGAACCUUAUGAGCCGGGAAUCUAUAACCAACAGGGUGGUGGAUGGACCCCUCAAGUAAACCAAAAUGUUGCUCAGGGUUAUUUCAAUCCACGUCCCUCCGAUAAUCGCUUCUCGGCUUUAGGAAGAGGAAGAGAUAGGCAGCCACCAUCUUCAGGCCAUCACCGUUAGAGGUGCCAUCAUUUUUGCAAGUGAUGGGUAAUGUUUCAGACUUCAUACAGAAAAAGAAAAGAAAGAGCAGGUAGAGAACAAACAGAUAUUGCUGGCCAAUAUGUAAGUUCAGGCGACUGUACGGUGCUUGUUCAUCAUAUGGCAAUGUUGUACAAUAUAGGUUUAUUGCACAGGGUUUUACCUGUAUUCUCCUCUCUUCCUUUUAAUAUUGAGAUAUAGUUGAGCUUCAUUUAUUUGAAAGAUGACAUUAUAUUCCAGAAUAGGUCAAAUGUUGGACGAAUAAAAUUAUGCAGUUUUCUCAUAAGCUAUGAGCUUUGUUUGUAACAUCAUUUUUGUUUAUUGAGAAAAACUCUGUAUGAAUUCUCUCCUGUGCAUUUCAUCUGGUUGUUGUAGACUGUGACGAUGUAAAUUUGUAGAA